AUGGAUGCUUUGGACAGUCUCCUUCCUCCUGUGGUUGGAAAUGGUGAUACGGCUAAUUCACAAGAAUUACAAAAACUUCUGAUUGAUGAAAAAAUGCGAUGUGAAUACCAUAAAGCAAAUUAUCAAACUAUGAAGGCAGAACAUCUAAGAUUACAAGAAGAAUAUGCAAAAUCACAAGAUGAACUGCAGCGGUUGUUAGUUGAAAAGCAGACUGUACAUGACAAAUUUCAGUUACUACUUGCGGAAUAUCGAGAGGAGUUGCUGGGUAAAACACAAGAGGUGGAAAAACUGAAGAUUCAGGUGCUAACUCCUCAAAAAUUAGAACUGUUAAAAGCACAAAUACAGCAGGAAUUGGAAUCUCCUAUGACAGAACGUUAUCGGAAGCUAGAAAAUGAAGUGGAAAAAUACAGAACAGAAUAUAACAAACUUCGUUAUGAACAUACUUUUCUGAAAUCAGAAUUUGACCAUCAAAAGGAAGAACAUACACGUAUUUUAGAAGAGAAGAAAAUAAAGUAUGAGGCUGAGAUUGCAAGGCUGGAUAAAGAUAAAGAAGAACUCCAUAAUCAGCUGCUUAGUGUUGAUCCCACAAGGGACAGUAAACGUGUGGAGGCACUCUCUAGAGAAAAGGCACAACUGUAUCAGAAAUUAAAAGGCUUAGAAGCAGAAGUAGCAGAACUACGAGCAGAAAGAGACAAUUGUGGUGUGCAAGCAGAAAGUGUUCAAAGAGUACAAGUACGACAGUUAGCUGAGAUGCAGGCUAUGACAAGGUCUCUAGAGGCAGAAAAGAAGUCUGCUGAACUACAGAUUGAUCGAAUUGAGAAAGAACUGCGGAUGAGUCAUGAGCAAAACAUUCUCUUAACUAGCAAACUUCACAAAUCUGAACGAGAAGUCAAUUCCUUAGCUGCUAAAGUAAAAGAACUUAAGCAUUCACAUAAAUUGGAAGUAACAAAUGUCAAACUGGAGGCAGCAAGAACAAAGAGUGAGGUAGAAAGAGAGAGAAACAAGAUUCAAAGUGAAAUGGAUGGAUUGCUGUCAGACAAGGAAAUUCUUAAGGCAGCUGUUGAACGUCAUAAGGUGCUUUUAGUAGAAAAGGAUCGGGAGCUAAUUCGUAAAGUGCAAGCUGCCAAAGAGGAAGUUUUUGAAAAAAUUGCGGCCUUACAGGAUGAAAAGUUAGAACUCGAGAACAGAUUAGCUGAUCUAGAGAAGAUGAAACUGGAACAAGAUACUAGGAGGCAAUCUGAAAAGGAUCAGUAUGAAGAGAAACUACGUGUUGUACAGAUGGCAGAAGAAUCUAGCAAAAAGGAACUUCAGCGUUUGCGAUUAAAAAUUCAACAGCAAGCCACUCAGACAGAGGAGUUGGAAGAAAAGAAACGUGAAAGUGCUGAUCUGAAACAGCAAAUUCACAACCUGCAACUCCAGCUUGCCUCACUUUCUCAGUCAGAAAAUGAUUUGUUGGAGUCUAAUCAGAAGCUGAAGGAAAUAUUAGAGAGAUUGAAACAAGAAUGUCAACAUGCAAGGACUCAGGCAGAAAAAGCUCAACUGGAAACAGAGAAGGCUUUAGAAUACAAACGUAUAGAAUGGCUGGAGGAGAAGCAUGUGCUUACUCAGCGCAUCACAGAGCAAGAAGAGAAAUACAACCAAGUGAAGAACAAACUAUGUCGAGCUGCUGUUGCUCAGAAAAAGAGAAAGACUCUCACUGAUAAUAAACAAAGGAGGAUGCAAGAGAAACUAGAACUUUUGGAAGCCAAGAUAGAAGAACUAGAAAAAGAAAAUCAGGUGCUAAAUAGGCAGAAUGUUUCCUAUGAAGAAUAUGCACGCCUCCAGAAGAGACUAAAGGACUUGCAACGUAGGCACAAUGAAUUCCGGAGUUUAAUUCUGAAUCCUAACAUACCGUCACUCAAUCCAGUCGGUAUAACGUCAUCACCUGCCUUGCCUCCUGGGCCUGAAGUGUCCUUCCCCCUUCUUCAGGAGGAACAGCAUCAAAGAGAGCUUUCCCUGCUUCGCAAGCGGUUGGAAGAACUAGAAACUACACAGAGAAAACAGCUGCAAGAUCUUGGACCAUCUAGAGAGCGAGUAAUGGUGGGCGCAUACAGGGACUUGGCUAGAAGCAAGCUCGCUGGAGAAGGCGAUGUACAAAACUGUAGUAACAGACAACCGAAUAACUACAUUGCAUGUGGUGAGGUCGUCAUUGAUGGCACUUUUCCCUCCAGCGGCUGCACGGUUGGUUUUCCAUACAGGAGCUUGCUGCAUGUCCUGCUGCUCGCCGAGGGUUGCCAGGCCAUCGCUGGUCACGACGAGCUCUGGCCAGCCUCGCAGCUCUGUGCCUGGCUCCAGCGCUGCGGGCUCCUGGGAGACCUUUGCCUGGUGUCAGGGGGCUGGGGGCGGUUCGUACCUGCUGGGGAAGCCUUGGGGGGCAGCAGCAGGCUUUUCAAAGGUAUCAUCGGCCUCAGAGACUUAAAGCCAUUAAGGGGUUGCGAGAAGCCGCAGGUGUAG